GAAAAAGAUAUCUUAUACAUAAGAUCCAAGGAUUUUGUAGAAGAAUCUAAAAUGGAGUCGAAAAUAUUUUUUCUUAUCCUUCUGAUUGGUUUGGUGUACGCUGUUAAUGGAGAAGAUAACUUCUAUUACCCAUGCGGAUCCCAAAGCAGCUUAAACUGCAUCAGAAACUACUUCGCAAAGACCAGACGAUGCCAUAGAACCGGUCACCAGGAUGGAGUGGCAAUCUCAAGACAGGCUCAUUUCAAGAUGUACGCUCCUAUCGCCAACCUAACUGCUUCUUCUGAAGCUGACGUCAUCACCUACUAUGGAUCUGAAGUGACAUCUUUCUAUGUGGACAGAGACACUAGCAACUUGGUGUUGUCUGUCAACUUCGAGGGCGUCAACAAGUACACUCCCGUCAUGGACUUCAUCGUUAGCCAGAGAGGGAAGGAGCCAGUAGUGGCCUCUGACUACCUUAAUGUAACCUAUGGUAAGUAG